AUGGCGCUCUGCAAAUUCGCGUAUGAUUAUCGCCAUUCAGAGCAUAUCGAUGCGCUUGCAGCUCAAGCAGUGCAAGAAGAGACCAGAUUAGGACCAGCGGAUCGACGUUCGUCCUUUGCCCUGGUUCGACAUUAUAUUGGAAGGCUUGCGCAUCAUAUACGUGCACCCAACGAACUCAUCGAAGAUUCCUGUGAUCUAGGACAUCUGUUGCAAACGUACGACGUUUGUAGUGUUGGAUCCUUGUCCGGUGUGCGAGCACCAAUGCGAGAUUCACACACAAAUCUCCGCGGGAUUUUGAAUCGUAUGUGCAAGGGAGGCAAAGAAGAAAAAGAGAAUAUCGAGAAUGGCCUGUUCUACCUGAACAAAGUCGUCAACGUAUUUGAGAAUUUCAUGUCUCUCUACGAGCAAGCCCAGCCUCAAGUCCAUGCCGAAAUCCAAUGCUUGGAGCACUUUUACCGAGGGAGGCGUCGUUUUGCAGAUGGAGAUCGAUUUAUUGCUUGCAGUAAGCCUGCUUGCCUCUGCUGUGAGCUAUAUUUCAAGCAUUAUCCAGCACGGAUGGUCAUCCCCGCCUCUCAUCGCAAAGUCUGGACGCGGUGGAGCCCUCCGCUGGUGGAAGACUUUGGCAAGAACGACGUUGCCACAUGGCACCAAAAGCAGAUAUUGAACAAGAUAACGCAGGAGCUCCGUGACCUCGUUAUCACUCAAGUUUUGGAGCGUUCACCAAGUAUCUGCUGGCACCCUGAUUCCAGAACCAGUAUCACAGAGAUACAAUCUAUGGCUAGUGUUACCUCGGUCGAGGACCAAAGCGUUGACGGAGAACUAUAUAACGAAUCUGUUUCAGAGUCUUCGAAUGGCUUCGAGACUGAAGAUCAGGCGUUUGACUCUGACGACGGCGGUGUAUCUAUUAACAUAGGACUAGUUGCGAAUUAA